UCUGCACCUUCUCUCUCUGAGUUCCUGUUUAGUCACAGCAAAGCACGGCAGGCGUGCUGAAGACUACUCCUGUUGUUACUGCCGUUGUUCAGUCUAUGUAGGCUGAUAGAACUUGAUGCUGAAGGAUGUGGUUACAUUUCCACCUCUAUUCAUCUUAAGCGCAGGAUUACACUGCAAGGACAUCGGUUCCAUCUCAGCCCACACAUUGAUAAGAGGCAAAGAAAUCAUGGGAAGAGGAUAAGAACUCCAGUUACAAUCAAGAUGCAGCACACCUCGUGCACAGAGGACCGGAUCCAGCACGCUCUGGAGAGAUGCCUGGAUGGACUCCGGCCGUCAGAAAUCCUGUCACAAUCCUGGAACGCUGGCUGGUGUAUGAACCGCUGGAGUCUAGAAGAGCUGGUUAAGAGGGACCCGGAAAAUUUUCUAAUUCUGCUUCAGCAAAUUCUCAGAAAAGCCAGAGAGGUUCAGCAGGAGUGUCGGUAUGAGCUUGUGGCCCCCUUGGCUCUCAUGUUUGAGUCCACACUUCUGCAGAUGCCUCUUUGUCCAUCUGAAGGAGAGAUUCUGACAGAAGCCUGUGAAGUGUUUCAUGACUUUCUGGCAUGGCCUGAACCCUACUGUAGUGUGUGUCGGAACCUGCUCUCUACUUUACACCAAGAGCUUAGAGCUCCAGGUAUUUCGUACCACAGGUUGGUAAGAGAGGAACAAGGCCUUGCCACCUCCAGUCAGCGUUCUAAGAUCAUUACGGUGUUGUUGAUGAACCCGGCUGAGGUGCCUGCUGAGUUCCUGUCUGUGGCGGAGCAGCUCAGUGGAGCAGAGGUCUCACAGAGAGAGAGUAGCAUUACACUCAUUAAACACAGCUACCAGGCAGUGCUCGGAACUAAAUACCCACUACAGACCAUCAGCAGCGCUCUACAGUGCCUUAGUGAUGAUGAGUUGGCACAGAUCCUGUCCACAGUGAGUGAUCUUCUAGAGUCUGCAGCAGUCAUGACGGAUAUAGCUAAAGCUCAAGAACAAGUCAAGGGUGGUCUGGAGGCGCUGCGAGAAAAACUGGGCAUACCAGCCUCCAACGGCAAGACUUCAGAUGGGGUUCUUCAGAUGCUCGGCCUCCCAGCAGCCAAGUGCUACACCUUCCAUUGGGACAAGGAUAAUUUUGAUGUUCUAAACGACCUUCUAGAAAUGGAGUCUGAAUUGACCUUAUCUCAAACAUCUGAGGGUAUGGAGGAGGAUGAUGUUGACAACGUUGAUGUGGAAGAUGAUGAAUAUGAUGACAUGGAGGAAGGGUUUGUAUUAAACGGUUGCACUGACUAUCGGGCCUCGACCUUUUCCACGGUCUCCUCGCUUUCCACGGCCUCCAAAGACUCCAUGUUCUCCACUCUCUCGGUCGCUUCCUCCGAAUACUCUCCCCUCUCCACACUCUCCUCCUCCUCUCAAGCUUCAGGCACUGACAGUGACUUCUGCGAGGACGCAGAGGAGGACAGUCUGAGCACAGCGUCCGUGCCCAAGUCCAAAACAAGUGCACGGUUUUCCAAGCGCCUCUCGCGACUCUUCAAACCUCGCGGCAACUCUCUAUGUCGAGCUAAAAGCCUGGGCAGCCCUGAGGCUAAAGAAUUAGUUAUAGCUGUCCGCUCUAAGAGAUCCAAUUCUCUGCCACAGCAAGUGCGACUGCGGAGCUCUGAGAUAGGGUUCCCAGUGCCCCCCCUGUCACAGCUGCAGUAUGUUUGCUAUAGAAGAAGACCCAUUCUGAGUACUGAUGAUGUGGAAGGGCCUCCAGGGGCCACGAUUCUCCGAGUGGUGGUGUUCGGUGCAGAUCAUGUGGCAGGAAGAGUUGCCCGUGCCUAUGGCAACCUAAGAAAAAGAGAAGGAGACUGUCCAAACCUGACCAAGGCUUUCAGGAUGAAGUUUUUCUUUGUGCCUGUAAGAAGGGAUUCAACUCCAGCCAGUUUCUCCACAAGGAACUCUGGUUCUUCUCUGCAGUUGUCAGUGAGUCCAGUGAAGUCAGCCGUCUCUAACACUGAUCUCAGUGGGAAUGGGACGGAGGACAGCACUAAUGAUAUAGCCAAUCUCCUGGGAAUGCUGGAUCCCUGGUAUGAGCGGAACACUCUGAGCCUGCUGGAGCUUCCGGUUAAUGUGGUGUGCCAGCAAACAUCAAGGAUUGAGUCGGACUUGUCUGAAGGUGCUGGUGAGGGGCGUUUACCGAUAUUUGCGGACCUGGUGCUCUAUUACUGUCGUCAUGCCGCCCGCCCUGCCCUCAUUCAGCUCUAUCAAGCAGAGUUGACACUGGCUGGAGGAGAGAGACGGACUGAGGUGUUUAUUCACUCUCUGGAGCUCGGACACACAGCUGGAACAAGAGCCAUCAAGGCCAUGGGUGCUGCAAGUAAGCGUUUUGGCAUUGAUGGAGACCGUGAAGCUGUUCCUUUAUCACUUGAAGUUACUUACAACCAAAUACGCAUCAGUGGCAGAAGUCAGAAGACGAGGACCGAGAAGUCCUGCACCUCUAUAAACCUGCUAAAGGCCUGCAGGAAUCUUGAGGAACUAGAUUCUAAAAUGGAGUGCCUUCAUUUGACAAUGACAGAAGUGCUGAAGAGACAAAACUCUAAAUCAAAGAAAGGCUACAAUCAGCAACUGACCACCACACAGGUAAAGGUGGAUAAGGUUCAGGUUAGUGGAACUUCCAGCACCACCUUCGCAGUUUGUCUGGACCAAGAUGAGAAGAAAAUUUUACAGAGUGUGACCAGGUGUGAGGUAUCAGUUUGCUAUAAACCGGAUAGUUUGACUGACUGGACGAAAGGAAGGGCGUUCUCCUCUCAGACUCAGCCUCUGCAGUCAACCUUCUGCUCUCUGCUUUGUCUCCCCGUUGCCACUUUCAGUGGACCUCAGCCCUGAACCCAGAGACUAUGCUUGACCCUAGGAGUCCAGCCUAAUAGACGUUCAUCUACAUAGUUUACCACUUCCUCUUGUAAACUACAACUCUGCAUAUCGACUCGCAAAAAAAAAAAAAGCUAAGAUACACUUUUGGGUUGAAGUGCUCUUUUAUUAUGCUUGUGAGCAUCAUGUGUAUGUACAGUGGGUGUUGUUUUCUUCAAAUGUCUGAGAUGAGGAUAACUGGCUGUUUAGCCUGAGGUACAUCCUGCUGAAUAUAAUUCACUGGACAAGCUGAGACAAUCCUUGUGGACUUAUGACCAACACCUAAAUCAGGUUAUGAAUCAAAACCUGAGUCAUCCAUAAUUAAAGGUUUGGUACUUUGAGAGGGAUGUUAUUACUGGAUUGAUCUGGAACUGGGCUUGUCCUGGCUUUUAUACAACCAGCAAAAUACUCUUGUUAAUGAACAUAUUAACCACCAUUUAAAUAAGCACUGUGGACGAUGUAAAAAUAUGUUUGUAUGUAUGACAGAAUUAUUUUAUGUAGCUAUAAUCUAAAUUCUCAGGAUAUAUAUAUAUAUAUGUCACACACACACACAUUCCUUUACAAAGUGGUGCCUCAGAUUUUAGUCCUUAAAAAUCUAAUGUAUUCUGUGAUUAUUUUUUGUAAAUAUUUGUAUAUCAGAUUAGUAUAUUAGAUUUUUGCUGUAUUGUGACUUUUUAAAACAGUCUGAAACCUGUCUGCUUUUAAUACCUCUUAUUGUAGUUUGGUCUGUUUGCCAGCAGAGGUCCUUAUAAACUAGUUCUUGAGUUUUAUCUUGUGGCUGCUGGAGGCUGAACAGUGGUGAAUCAAAUAAACACCUCCAUCACUGGCAGAGCAAAACCCAAACAGUUCAGAAAAUGUGCCAUGAUACUGGCACUGUUUGCACGUGCAACAAACUGAAUCUUUUCAUUUCUUUCUUUCUAACAUGUUUAUAUCUGUCCUCUAUAGAAUGAUCUGAGUUACUGUCGAAACAAUCGUUUUCUCCUCUGGUUGCGUUUGAAACACUUUAACGUUGUAUAUAUUUUAACAAGAUAAGGAAACAGAGGAGUACAAUGUACAUAUUUAUGUGUUUCUUAUUAAAAAAUUCUAUUUUGAGCGAGUUGAGGGAUUUUACUCUUUCUCAGGGGCAGAUUGUUUUUAAAUAAUGUUUGUUGGACUUUGUAAAUACAUUCUAUUUGUGAUAAUACUACAUUUUGUUUUGUGACAACUUGAUGGAGGGAAUGUUGUGGGUACAGACUAAUGACCAGUGCUACUGAUAUGUACUGUACACUGUUAUGCAAAAUGUCUUUUUUUAACAUUUCUGUCAUCCUGGCAUCCCAGAGAACUAAAGCGGUACUUUCCAUCUGGCUUGUAUUAAUAAAGUGCAUUCAGUGGC